AUGCCAGGCACUGCAUACGACCCUCGCGAGUCGUCUGUGCGAGACCGGGACAGGCGGAGGGAAUCCAGGACCAGAGAGAGGGAUCGGAGCGGAAGUGACGAUGAGACCACAGAGGAUGAGUCAAUGUUGGGUGAACGCGACAUCGAAAGGGAGCGCGAGCGCGAGCGCAGAGAUCGCGAGAAAGAUAGGGACCGGGUGAGGCAGCGUCGUCAUCGCGACAGCUAUGCCUCUCGCGACAGCGCACCGCCGCCUUCAGCACCAGCUUCGCCGCCCAGCCGCCGCAUGAGCAUAACGGAGCGCCUCAAGGGAACCUUUUUGCGUAGGGGCUCCUCCAACGCGGACGGCGGGCCGCCGCCCUCGCCGACGGCACGACGCAGCUCCGCCAACGCGGCCAACACCACAGGUAGCGGCGGCGGCUCGUCUGCCAGUAAGGGCUCACCCGUCCCGCGGAUCCGCGAGUGGCUUGACACGUGCAACAACCAGCACGGGCGGCACUGCAAUGGGACCAGCGAGCCAUCAUCGUCGCCAAGCACGUUUCGGCCGCAGUUUCUCAUCGACGCGGCCGACAAGUGCCUGGUGCGGGCCAAGCCCGAGGACAGGUACGUAGCGCUGAGCUACGUCUGGGGACCGGGCCUGCGCGCGCGGGGAGGCGGACAGGAUGAAGCGGCGCAGCUCACAAAGGCCAACCUGGACGAGUGGCUUGCGGCGCUGCCCGAACACAACGUGCCGCAGACGAUUGCCGACGCCAUCUGGCUGGCGCGCAAGCUCGGUCUCCGCCACAUCUGGAUCGACCGCAUGUGCAUCAUCCAGGACGACGAGGCCGUCAAGGAAAACCACAUACGUCACAUGGCCUACGUCUUUGCCAACGCCUACCUGACCAUUGUCGCGGCCCACGGCGACGUCAACACAGGGCUUCUCCCGCUAAAUCCGCGACGGCCGAGCCGCCCGCCGCGGGUGGGCGGCGGCUCCGCGAGUGCGGACCACAACGAGCUGCUGCUGGCGUCGCGCUGGAACACGCGCGGGUGGACGCUGCAGGAGCUGCUGUACUCGCGCCGCGCCGUCUUCUUCUUCGAGGAGGUGGUGACGUGGGAGUGCCAUUGCGACCUGUGGCAGCAGGGCAACGGCGGGGGGUUCGCGCGCAACAUGUGGAAGGGCAAGAAGCCAGAGUGCACCAACCGCAUCGCAUCGUCGGCGUUUGGGUUUCAGCACGCGCCGUGGCCAGACAUGGACGAGUACGCGCGCGUGGCGGCCGACUACAGCGCACGGCGGGUGACGCAGGUCGACGACACGCUCAAGGCGUUUUCGGGCAUCACGACGGUGCUGACGCGCAUCUUCCCAGGCGGCUUCGUGUUCGGGAUGCCGCUCAUGUUUCUCGACUGCGCGCUGCUGUGGCGUCCGCAGGCGUCGAUUCGGCGGCGCGCGCUGUCGCGGCCGCCGUUUCUGCCGUCGUGGUCGUGGAUGGGCUGGUGGUUCGACGGCAUCCGCGUGGACCUGACGCUGUGGAAGGCGGCUGCCGACUACGUGCAGGAUACACGGGCAACGGGCAAGCGCGGGCAGCCGGCGCGGCGGUUCCAGGCGCCCGGCGCAUUCCGCAUCCGGCCGACGGUCGUGUGGCGGCUGAGUGACCGCGCGACGAGCGUGCCCGUGCCCAACACGGGCUUCCAGUUUCGCGAGCUGCGCGGGCGCCGCAACGCCGCGGCCGCGCUACCCCCGGGCUGGUCCCGCAGCGGCGCGCAUUUUGUCCACGACGGCGACGACGACACCGUCUUCCGGUACCCGGUGCCCGUCGAGGACCCCCCCGAGGAGGGCGAGGUCUCGCCGCCGCCCGGCGAGCUGGCGUAUCCGGGCCCGCUGCUCGCGUUUCGCACCACAUCAGGCAUCUUUGACGUUGACUUUUCCGUCACACUCUCGCCCAAGGACACAAUCAACCCGCCCGUCGCGGUCGGCAAUAUCUGGGGUCGCGGCCGGCGCUGGAUUGGCGAGUUUCGCGCGCACGAUGGCUGGCUGGGCAUCCAGUCGUCCAACUACGAUGGCGAUGAGAAGCUCGAGUUCGUCGCCAUCUCGGCCGUCGUGGAGCGCGGCGUGUCGCUUGUGUUCCCGCCGGACCGGUUUGAUGAGCACGCCGAUUCAAAGGGCGUCUUGGAGGUGGUGAAUGUGCUGUGGAUUGAGAGAAUCGCCGGCUUGGCGUACAGGCGAGGUAUCGGCCACGUUUUGCAAAAGGCCUGGGAUGCGCAUGCAGUGGAUGAAAUGGACAUUCUCCUUGGGUAG